AUGAUAACAUUCGAGGAUAUCAAAGCUGUUCCACUGCCGCCAAACAUACUUGUUCCUGAAGAUGAAAAUAUCAAAAAUUCAAUUUUGCAAACGGUACUAAAGCUGGCCAACAAUCAAAACGUCCUGUCGCAGGAGCAGCCAACCAAAAAGAACGACAUCCCGUACGCCAACCCAAACGAUAAAUAUCACGACUACUACAUGUAUUACAUGAAACGCUUCCCAAAGGCAUCUGACAAUGAUAACAAAGAAUACGCAGCUAAAAAGAAAAAGAACCCACAAACGCCAGCUGAACCGUACCCGUUUGUUUUUAGUACAUACAACGAGCGCAUACCGCCACGAGACCUAGAAAUAAUAAAAACUACCGCAGUAUUCUGCAUCAUCAACGAGGACAUAGAUUACAUCUCUAAACUGCAGACAUUGUACAAAGAUGACCCUACAUUCCAGUUCCUGGACCCAUCGCAUUCGUUAUAUCAGGUGUUCACAAGCUUCAUAAAUCAAUACAAACAAUUAACCGCGGGGGAGUACGGUCUGCUAUGCGCUCUUGGUGAUGACCACAUACACACGAUCAUGAAAAGGGCAUUCGAAAGAUCCAGAUACAAAGAAUUCACAGAGACCAUGAAAGAACAACAACAAUAUGCGUUCGAAAAGAUGAAGAUAAAAUUCGCAGCAUUCGAAUGGCACGACUACAACCUGGUGGGAAGCUUCACAAUUGACGAACAGGAUUUGGAAAAAGAGCUCCAACCCGCUUUAGACUUCGACAAGAUGUACUCAUCAUCCCUAACAAAAGAAUUCAAAGACAUAUUUACCGACAUGACGCCAAAAACAACCAGUAAAGGAGCAUCUGAACCGGUAAAUAAGGAAUUGAAGCCCAGAAAGAAAAGACAGAUAAAAAUUAAGCCUGCAGGGGAAAUGAGGAUCAACAGAAACACCGAAUCGACUCACAACACCACCAAAAAAAUAGAAUGUCCAAUCACACAUAAGUUAAUACACGAAGACAAGCUGGAAAGACAUUUGCAAAUUUUAUUAACAGACCCAAACUACAAAGAAGAAAGGGAACAAUACAAAGCGAAAUACAACCUAACGAAUAUCACAUCCCAAGGGGUAUACGAAAACAUCAAAAGAGUUCUCGAUAAAAACUCACAAAAUGACGAACAGGCAAGAAAAAAGCAGAAGUCAAAAUAG